CAGAGUCACUGCUUCUCGGAUUUAUUUGUGGACAAGUGGGAUGCAGUUCAGGGCAUCAGGGUUCAGGCAUCACUGAGGUUGCUGGCAUAGAUGCUGUGGGUGGGAGCUGUGGAGGCAGUGGUGUCCUAAUGAGCAGAGUACUUCUCCUUCCUUUAGACUUUCUCGCCGCAGUGGACUCCUGGUUCAAGGUCUUGCUGCCCAAGUUAUAUCCAUGGCUCUACCACAAUGGGGGCAACAUCAUUAGCAUUCAGGUGGAGAACGAAUAUGGUAGCUACAAAGCCUGUGACUUCACCUACAUGAGACACUUGGCCGGGCUCUUCCGUGCGCUGCUAGGAGACAGGAUCUUGCUCUUCACCACAGAUGGGCCUGAAGGACUCAAAUGUGGCUCCCUCCAGGGACUCUAUACCACUGUCGAUUUUGGCCCAGCUGACAACAUGACCAAAAUCUUUGCCCUGCUUCGGAAGUAUGAACCCCAUGGGCCAUUGGUGAACUCUGAAUACUACACGGGCUGGCUGGAUUACUGGGGCCAGAAUCACUCCAUGCGGUCCAUUUCGGCUGUAACCAAAGGUCUAGAGAACAUGCUGAAGUUGGGAGCCAGUGUGAACAUGUACAUGUUCCAUGGAGGUACCAACUUUGGAUACUGGAAUGGUGCUGAUGACAAGGGACGCUAUCUUCCAAUUACUACCAGCUAUGACUAUGAUGCACCAAUAUCUGAAGCAGGGGACCCUACACCUAAGCUUUUUGCUCUCCGAAAUGUCAUCAGCGAGUUCCAGGAAAUUCCUUUGGGACCUUUACCUCCCCCCAGCCCCAAGAUGAUGUUUGGACCUUUGACCCUGCACCUGGAUGGGGAUCUGCUGACUUUCCUGGACUUCCUGUGCCCCCGUGGACCCAUCCGUUCAAUCUUGCCAAUGACCUUUGAGGCUGUCAAACAGGACUUUGGCUUUAUGUUGUACCGGACCUAUCUGACCUAUACUGUUUCUGAGCCAACACAAUUCUGGGUGCCUAACAAUGGAGUCCAUGACCGUGCCUAUGUGAUGGUAGAUGGGGUGUUUCAGGGUGUUUUGGAACGAAACAUGAGACACCAACUGUUUUUGAUGGGGAAUAUAGGGGCCACACUGGACAUCCUGCUGGAGAACAUGGGGAGGCUCAGUUUUGGGUCCAACAGCAGUGACUUCAAGGGCCUAUUAGAGCCACCAGUUCUGGGGCAAACAGUCCUUACCCAGUGGCUGAUGUUCCCUCUGAAAGUUGAUAAGCUUGUGAAGACGUGGUUUCCCCUUGAGUUGCCGAGAAGUUCACAUCCUCAAGUGCCCUCCGGCCCCACCUUCUACUCCACAACGUUCCCAAUUUUAGGAGAAGGCGGGGACACUUUUCUCUUUCUACCUGGAUGGACCAAGGGCCAAGUCUGGAUCAAUGGGUUUAACUUGGGCCGGUACUGGACAAGGCAGGGGCCACAACAGACCCUCUAUGUGCCAAGACCCCUGCUGUUUUUUGGGGGAGCCCUCAACAAAAUCACAUUGCUGGAGCUAGAAAAUGUGCCUCCUGAGCCCAAAAUCCAGUUUCUGGAUAAGCCUAUCCUCAAUAGCACCUUGCAUAAGACAUACAUCUAUUCCCUCUCAGCUGAUACACAAAAUCCCUCUGAACCAAUGGAGUUAAGUGGGCACUGAAAGUAAGAUAACCCUUGGACCUGGGACACGGAGUGGGCAGGAUCCCUUGGUGCUGGCCCCAGUGACCAUGAGGAACAAAAGGCCACAAGGCCUGAAUGCAAGUACAAGUGCAGUUUCCUUGCCAAACUUUAUUGUGAUUAAAGUUCCAGAGAUAGUACCCGCUCCA